CUGGCCUUGGGGGUGUUGGUGGGCAGGCAGUGGGGGUGGGAGGCAGAGGCUGACAACCUGUGCAGCUGCAUGCUAGACUCAGAAAGGGAGAAGAAGGAGGGUGGGUGGGUGGGAAAAACAGCUCCUAAGGAGAAAAAAAAUCUGUCCUGUCCUAUAAACUGGGGACUCAGACUUGCCACUGAGGAACUGUAGGACAACAUGAAGGCCUCUCUGAUCCUGCUGGGCUCUCUGGUCCUUCUUCUCCUUGUCCAACUGCCCAUCUCACAAGGACAGGCCAUCAACGCCCAAGCCCAGCAGCAGCAACCCUGCCGAGAAGAUUCCUUGCCGCUAGACUGUGAAGAUGUUUAUGACCAAGGCUCUGAGACGGAUGGCGUGUACCUCAUUUACCCUGCGGGCCCCAACAUCCCUGUGCCUGUGUACUGUGACAUGGCCACCGAUGAUGGAAAAUGGACGGUUUUCCAGAAACGCUUCAAUGGUUCAGUCAGUUUCUUUCGGGGCUGGAAUGACUACAGGUUUGGCUUUGGCAGAGCAGAUGGCGAAUACUGGCUGGGACUGCAGAAUAUCCACCUGCUAACCCUCAAGCAGAAGUAUGAGCUACGCGUGGAGCUGGAUGACUUUGAGAACAACACAGCCUUUGCCAAAUAUGCCGACUUCUCACUUUCUCCAAAUGCCAUCAGUGCAGAGGAGGAUGGCUACACACUUCAUGUAUCUGGCUUCACUGAUGGAGGGGCAGGUGAUUCACUGUCCUACCACAACGGCCAGAAGUUCUCUACAUUUGACCGCGACCAGGACCUUUAUGUGCAGAACUGUGCAGCACUCUCUUCGGGUGCCUGGUGGUUCAAGAGUUGUCACUUCUCCAACCUCAACGGCUUCUACCUUGGAGGGGCCCAUCUCUCCUAUGCCAACGGCAUUAACUGGGCUCAGUGGAAGGGCUUCUAUUACUCCCUCAAGAGAAGUGAAAUGAAGAUACGCCGUGUCUGAGACCCAAGGUAGCCAGUGGCCACCUCCCACCAUAUAAGAUGGAUGUCCAGCUUUAAAAAAACCACAACUUUUUUGUGGAAUGGAAUUGUGAUUGAUUCAGGAGAGGACUGGGGUUAUGAUGGAGCUAAUAUUUACAUUAAUAGAUUUAAGCCAGUUUCAGACCUGUUUAAUUGUCAUGAGUACAAAACAAGGAACUAGAGAAACUUUUAACAAACAUGUCUAACACUCUCAGAAAACCAUGAGUUCUAGACAAAACUGAAGACAGUUUUGGACAUACUGAAGACAGUGAAACCAAUAUGAAAUUCAUGUGAUAAAAAUGUGCCCACAUUUGCCUGCAGUAAAGGUUGUCUUCAUUUUAUUUGGGGCCAGAGCUAGCUAGGAAUGUUGGCUGGACUAGCAAGAUUGUUAUGGUUUCACAUUGAGAGUUAAUGAUAAAAUUUGUGGGAAAUGAUUUACAGCAUGGGAAGAAAAUUCCAACCAGAUGUUUGCCAAGAAAUUAAGAAUAACCACUAUUCCCUUUGUACCCCCUUGGUUUUUACAUUGAAAUAAAGUCCCAUUCUCUGAAACUGAGAUGGUAAUCAA